AUGGACAUCGAGGGAAAAAACGAGGACAAUCGCGACGUCCGUCGACUUCUUUGGCCCAAUGCCAAUCCGACGAUCCAGCGUACGGAGAAGGAAGAAGAUGAGCGAAACAUAGCUUCCACUGCAUCUUCGUCAUCCGAGAACCACGCUUUCAACGACAUCGACCAGGAGCAUGUUACGUACUGUCCAGAGACGCGUCGUCGCAUUCUCAAGCCUGUCUCCCGAAAGGCUCGAGCCGGCAUAAGCAGUGCUGCUGAAGCCAGCAACUUCAGCAUUCCCGGCAAAAUCCAUGCCGCCAAUAGUUUCGUUGAACACUCAGUCGAAAUCUCGGGCGGCGGCCCAGCGACCCCACGAAGUUCGCAUGUCCAGCCUGGCGGCGGUGAGAGUCCAAGAACCGCAAAGGCCCUUCGGCUUUUCAACCCCGCGAACGCUCGCCACGAUCCCAAUGGCAAGUAUCAAAGUCCCGGCGCGGGUCGCAAGCUCAACUUCGAGCCAAGCCCCAAGCACUACUUGGCUCUCGGAAUGAAGGGCAGCUCUACCACCGGGUCGACGAUUCAUUCUUCCGAGCCCGAGGCUGUGACCCCUCGCAAGACCGGAAGCUCAUCAGAGGAUGCUUGCGAUAUGACCAUCCCUGCCCGACCUCAUUCCGUCAGAACCGCACCGCCAGUCAUGUCAGCAGCCAACGAGGAGUACUUCACUCACGAUCCCAUGGUCUUGGACGACUCGCCAUCGAUGCGGCCCCUCCGACGCCAAAUGGAAGGACUCAGCGUUGGCGCACGCCCGCUCUCGCAUCCGGCUGAGCAUCCCAUGGGCCCUCGCCCUUUCAUCAGCACUGGAUCUCCCCCAGAGACCCCAACAAAGCAGAGGAGACAAAUCAAGAGAGCUCGCGCAGAGUUCGAUAAGACCGCCUCCCUCUCAGGCAAGGACAUCGCUCGGGAGCGUGAGAUUAUGUCACACUACGCCGAAAACGCUGAUGCGAUGAGAGAUGAAGUGGCUGAGGAUAUGGACUACAGCGAGGGAGACGAUGAUGAUGACCAGGAGACUCCCAAGGCCUCGAUCCUGAACCGCCACUUGGAGACUUCAUGGUGA